AUGACCGUCGAAGAAGACGAGUACACGCAGCUCAAAUCGAAUGCCGAGAACCUGGCGACCUGCCUCCACGCCCUCCUCGAACGCAUCGAAAAACUCGAAGUGAAGCAGACCACCCCGUUGGCGGAACUCGCGGAACCCGUUGAUCAGCACGUGCGCGACAACGGGGCGGCCAAGAAGAAGCGCGGAAAGAAACGCGGUAAAGAGCACAGCGAGAGCUCGAAUGGAGGAGCACGAGGCGUGGGCAGGCACGACAGCGAGGAGCCGGAGAAUUCGGAGCAGGUGCUGAUGUCGGACACCGUUGCCGUCGAUCCAGAGACGGGGCUUAAGAAGCGGACGAUCGUCACGGAGCGUGUGCUGACCACAAAGACGUUUCACGCCUUGGCGCUGGACAGCGCACCCGCACUCCUUCCGCUUCCCGGCCGGCAGCCGAUCGUUUUUGAGAGUCGUGGCGUGGACGUUGAAGCCGCUCAGCUAAAGCAGAUUGAGCUCGAGAACAUCUCCGGGCUGAUCGUCGUCACCAAAGUGAACCCAGAGGCCACGCACGGCAUCCGGCCCGGCGAUGCUGUCACCGAGGUGGAUGGCCAUCCCGUCACCUGCAAGGCCGACGUGGAGAAGAUCAACAAGCGCGCCAAGUUGACGUUGACCGUUGCCCCACCCUAUAAUGCGCCUUCGAUCUUCUACCGGCUGCACAGCGACUACAACUGCCAGAAAGACGACAAACGCAUGUGCCACUGGCUGCCGAUCGACGUCAGGAAGGGCGACGUGGUGCAGGUGCUCAGCAAGGACGACAAUUGGAUGCUGGCCAGGAAGGUGCACGACUUGAACGCGGUCGGCUACAUCCCGCAGUCGCUGCACAUGGAGAAGGUCUCCUUCAUGAGCCCAUUCGGCCGGCGGGUGCUCGUCCUGGUUGGAGCAUCAGGGGUCGGGAGACGGACGCUGAAGUCCAUGCUGCUCCGCUACGCACCUUCACUAUUCUCGACGGUCGUGCCUUUGACCUCUCGGGCCCCGCGCGGAAACGAAGUCGAUGGCCGUGAGUAUCACUUCGUGCGUAAGGAGGACAUGCUCAAGCGAAUUCGCGACGGUGAUAUGAUCGAGUGGGGAGAGCUGGAUGGGCAUCUCUACGGAACCUCAGCGGACGCCGUGCGCGAUAUCAUGCAUGGGGGCCGGAUGUGCGUGCUCGACACGGCGCCUAGGGCCCUCUCCUACCUCUAUAACGGGGAAUUCAUGCCAUUUGUGGUACACAUCAGCCCGCCGCAGCUCGACGAGUUUACACAGUUGGAGGGGCUGCGGCCGAGCAAGCGCUCCGCCGAACAGCUAGCCCAAACGUGCGCCGAGAGCGAAAAGAUUGCCAACGGUCCGCUAGCCGAGCAGAUCCACCUGACGCUCAUCAACCGGAACAUGGACGUCACGCUCAGGAGGCUGAUUGACGCUCUAGAAGCCCUACGCAACGAUGCGCAAUGGGUGCCGGUCAGCUGGAUGUGC